CGUAGGUGUCGCAGGUGAGGACAGUUGUCGUCCGUGAUGACCUAAAUUUAGCAAACGCCGUGCAAUGGCGGAAUAGGUAGGUUUCCUGUUGUUUAUUCUAACCUUUUUACUAUAAUGUGUGUUCAUAUUCUUUUAAUCGCACUAAAGACAUAGUUUAGACAUGAAUAAUUGGGUACUGCAAAUGUUCACCUCCGGUGACAGGUGAAUAUUUUUCAUUAAUCUUCACCGGCAGCCAAAUUUUAAGUGUUAUACAUCAAAUGCAUUUUAUUGUACUUUCUUCCGGGAAGAUGGCGGAAAUGAAGUCUUAAUAAAUCUGUUAAAAUACUAUUGUGUUGAUAAUAAACGGCAAACGGUCCAUUUAGGUGAGUUGUGCAGGAUCCCAUAUGACAUAUGAUGAUUACACUAAUAUGAAUGAAUGAAUGACUCGUAGUCUCCCAUCAAUAUUUAUUAAAGUAUUAAUAUGCUACUAGUACUAGUCUAGUAGAGUUAAGUUACUGGGACAUUGGUGUUAGAUACUGAUAGGACCAUCUUAGCCCAUCAUCUUCAAGACCUUCAUCUCAUCCUAGGGCCCAAAACCCUAUCUGACCCUUAGAACUAGUAAUUGAGACUUGGCGGCUUUUAAGGUUAUUAUUAAAAUAUUUAAAAACCACGAAGAAAGCCUCAUUAUUUAAUAAUAAUGUCACAACUUCAUUUGACUUAAAGUUGAAGGUCUAGUGAAGCCGAGUUUGAGUACAAUACUUGCAUACACUCACACUGAAAAGUACACUCAAUUAAUUAUAUAUUAUGGAUCUUAUUCAUAGUAGGUCUAUGUCUAUGCCUACAUCUGAUAUUUUAUAUGGUUUUUUUAAGUUUAGAAGUAAGCUCUGACACUGAGACAAUUUUUAAGAAUAAGAAAACAUUACAGAAAAAAAGGUGCAUUCUUUUAUUCAUUGUAGGGCUAGUUACUGAAUUUUCAAUACCAGUUAUUAAUAUGAAGGGAAAAAAUGCAUUGUUCAUACUUCGGCUCAACGUUGCCAUCUUAGAAAUUAAAAACUAUUCUUUAAAAAAUAAAUGAUUUCAGAUAACAGCAUCAAGGAAUGUAUUCUUCAGUUUGGAUCUUUGUGGCCCUCUUGGCCAGGGUAUCAGCAGGUAACAGCGUCAUAAAUAUCUAUAAAUUAAAUUAUUACAUUGAUGACAAAAAUGUAUGAGGCACAUAGUAGAUAUAAGCAGAUUUUUUAAAGUGAGGCACAUAGUAGAUAUAAGCAGAUUUUUUAAAGUGAGGCACAUAGUAGAUAUAAGCAGAUUUUUUAAAGUGAGGCACAUAGUAGAUAUAAGCAGAUUUUUUAAAGUGAUUGCAUUGUUUUGUUUUUUAACACUGUUUUUUUUUUACUGUGCACCCCAGUAUCACGCCCCCCAGGGAUCACAGUUGAGCCCCCUUAUGAUAUAUAUUAUAAAGCUGGUGAGACAGUAGAGAUGGUAUGCAAAGCAGAGGGUGAACCCAGACCAUCGUGAGUACAACUUGUGGUGUAAUUAUUCAACAGCUUAAUUUUGAAAUCCACUUUUUGCUUCAUUGAAAAAUUAAGAAGCUCCUUAUUUUGUUUCAUAGCAUUUGGUAAUGCUGAAAUUAUUUUUUGUUCUCAAUUGGAAGCAAUUGAAAGAUUUUAUUAACUCAAUUUAUUAUCAUAUGCAUACCAUAAUUAAGAUAGCCGUAAUAUGCUUUUAGUGCGUACAAAAUACUGACCUUUGCUAUAAUUUUUCUUUAGAUAUGACUGGAACAGAAAUGAGAUUCCUUUCAACCCCAGUGGUAAUGAUGACAGAGUCGUACAGCUUCCCAAUGCCGGAACUCUUGUCAUCAACAUGCCUGAAGAUAAAGAUGAAGGCAUCUUCCAGUGUUUUGCAAAAAAUGACUUUGGCACAUCUGCAAGUAAAAAAGUUAAUCUCAGGCAGGCCAAGCUCGAAGAUUUCACCCCUAGUGCACCACAGUAUCGGACAGCACAACUGGGUAGAGCUUUCACCCUUGACUGUGUCCCCCCUGAGAGUGUUCCGCCCGCAAGUGUCUUCUGGAUUACGAAAACAAGUGCAGGAGGAAUUGAUGUUGUCAACUAUGAUGAUAGAGUUUCUAUGGACAGAGAAUGUAAGUGAAUGGUUUUUUUCAGUAGUUUUCCUUUUACUUAUGAUAAUAGUUUUUUCCAGCAUUUCAAAAUAAUGCUCUUCAUAUUUUCAGAGAGGCAACAGUCUUACCGCAUACAUCAGGGCUUAUGUUGUGCUUGGUUUCAAAAGUGUUCAUUGCCAGAUAAAGGUUUAAUAGACAACAAAGGCACUGUUAGUUUUCUUAUCAUUGAAUGUUCAGCACAUAUUUCUUUAUGUCGUAAAUGGUGAGCAUCUAUGAUCUUAAAAUCGUUACUUUUAUUUGUUCCAGCAGCUGUAGUCUGUCAGAAUAGGGUUAUUUUGUGUUGUGCAAACCCCCCCUCAUUCCAUAAAUUUGGGUACCAUCCUAAUGCACAUUUCCUCAUAUAUGAGAAAUAGUGACCACUAACAGUGCCAAAUUAAAUACUUUUCUUCUUAAUGAAUGGUUUUAUUGGUGGAUAAGACAGUUGCAAAAUACGAUAUAAAAGUAAGUCAUCUUAUAGACCAGCUGAACAGCAACAUUUCUUUCACUUACUCUUUUGUUUUGUUCAGCAGUUUUAAACAAAUUUGAUUUGCCUUGAGUAAGCCUUUUUGAUAAAUAAAGAAGAUCUAUUAUUAAAAUAAAACGAUAAUUAAUAAUAUGGGGAUACUUUUUCAGCCAUGUUUAUGUUUAUUGGAAAACAUGCAUUAUUUCAUUGUUGUAACAAACAGAUCGCCUGAGAUUCACCAAUAUUAAAGCAAGUGACUCCAAGAAUGGUAUGCCUUAUGCUUGUGUAGCCAUGAACAACAUAAUGAGACGCAACUCUCAAGGGCCCCUUCAUUACAUAACAACCUCUCAGGGUGAGAAAACUUGUCUUAUGUUACCAGUAUGAAAAUCAAACCAUAUUUAACAGAUAGAAAUAUUCUUUUAUACACUAAUAAAGAUACAUAAAAGUUUAGUGUCAGCUCUGACAGGUAAAAACAGAAUUGAAAAAAAUAAUAUGCACAGAAAGGCUUUUACUAAAAGUUGGGCACCUUUUCAUUUUGUGACCUACAUGCUGUCGAUAAUGUGGUUCCCAUCCUCAGCUCUGCGACCCAAACCCUCUCCCUGUCUAAAAUUGCUCCUAAACACCAUUAACUUGUAAAUCGUAGGGUAGGCCUAAUUGAUUUCUUUAAAGGGUGGGAACCUCUGGAUUGAAUUAACACCAGGGAAAGUGAAAGCUCUACCAGUACCUUUAUUUCAAUACAAUUUUUUUAUUUAAUCUCUUAUUUAAUUUAUAUUUCAAUUAUUUGUAUGGGGAAAUUUUUUAACCUGGCACAUUAGCUAAAAUAUUUUCAUAAGGUGUGGCUUAAUAUUAUUAUGGUACAUUUAUGCAACCCAGUUUUUAACUAAAAAAUAAGCAAAGCAAGAAAAUUCAAUUUUUUUUACUUGUGCUCAAGAGUAGUAGCCUUGACUUGAGCUGUAUUUUGUUUAAAGUGAGGGAGAGUUGCAUAUUUUGUCAGACUCACUCUCUAGUCCUUGCCUAUUUGUUCCAAUGACAAGACAUAGUCAAGACGACUGGAAAUAUAUCAGUAUGCAGUAGAUAAUCAGCAAUGUGUCUUGUCUCACUUCACUCUUUAUCGCAGGAGUUGUCGGAAUUUUCAUUGGGUCAAUAUCAUACCACCUAUGGGACUCAAUCUCUGGGUUUAAUCUCAGACUUUGCCUUCUCUUAGAGCAUCGGCUCUCAACCUGUGAGUCGCCUAGGACCAUCAGAAAACACAUAUACUCUACAGUUAUGAAGUAGCAAUAAAAAUAAUUUUAUGGUUGGGGGUCACCACAACAUGAGUAACUGUAUUAAAGUGUCGCAGCAUCAGGAAGGUUGAGAACCACUGUCUUAGAGUGUCACCCAGCACCAUACUCUUGUAUAUACUAAUAUUGAGUCAUAUUCCCAGAACUGAAUUUUCUAAAAGUGUGAACAUUCUUAAUUUAAAAAAAACAAAAAAACUACUUUUCUUAAUUGAUCGUUUUGUUUUCUUAAAAAUCUAGGUAAUGAAGACUAUAUGUCUGUCGAUUACCUCUGGGCAGAUCAGGAUGAUAGAUUUGGUCUUCGUGGUGAAGUCUUUGCAGUAAAGUGUAUUUUUUCUGGAAAGUAAGUGUUUAAAGUAACAAUUGCUCCUAUAGAUUUUAUUCUAUCUGGUGAAAAUGCAAAGCAAUUAAAGGGUUUUUAUUGCAUUUCAUUUAAAAAAAAAAAAAGAAUGCGGCAGUUAAGUUUUUUUAAAGAAUAGUUGUAUCAAGUUUAAAUUUUUUUACAGCCCGACACCCGAUGUCCACUGGGAAAGGACAGAUAACAAAUCAAUGCCCUCUGACCGUUUCCAAUUAAAAAGUUUUGCUCAAGAACUUGAAAUCUCAAACUUACAGUUUGAGGAUGCUGGAACAUACGAGUGCUGGGCCACGAAUUCCAUUAGUCAGGAGCGCAAGAUUCGAACCUUUAACAUUCGUGUCAACUGUAAGUAGGCAUGGCUUAAACAUUUUUUUGUCAUAAAUUGCAAAGAUGUUUUUUUUUUGGAGGUUGAUUUACAUAAACAUGACUGUUACCAUAGGUUGAUUUACAUAAACAUGACUGUUACGAUAGGUUGAUUUACAUAAACAUGACUGUUACCAUAGGUUGAUUUACAUAAACAUGACUGUUACCAUAGUGGUUUGAUUUACAUAAACAUGACUGUUACCAUAGUGGUUUGAUUUAAUCAAAAUUUAAGCCCUCUUUUUUAAUUCCAUUUUGAUCAACUCUAAUGGCUGGUUUAUGUUUAUCAGCUAAACUUUUGUUCAACUCUAAUGGCUGGUUUAUGUUUAUCAGCUAAACUUUUGUUCAACUCUAAUGGCUGGUUUAUGUUUAUCAGCUAAACUUUUGUUCUCCACUACUGUCCUUUAUUAUUAUUUGAAAGCCAAUGUUAUAGGCCUUUAUUGCUUUUGUUUCAAUACCGUCUCCAGCUAAGCCAUAUUUCCUUGAAGAGCCCAAGGACAUUGAAAUAGGUGUGGGGGCAAAUGUUGAGUUCACCUGUAUGGCAGGUGGUGUUCCUGAACCUGACAUUGAGUGGUAUGUCAAUGGCUUAGUACUUAAAGGUAAACUUCAUGAAUUCAACAUAACUUUUAUUGAUUUUUAGAAAUUUACUUGAUUUUUAAGGAGAGCUUUGUGGAAUCCAAGCUCCGCUCUUUACAUUUUCACAAUAUACUCAUGUGCAGUGCAUCACAAACAAGUUAGAGAUGGGUCUGAGCACCGGGUCAUUGAGCAGUGACCCAUUCACUACUUAUAACAAUCUCAGAUGCUUUAAAUUUGAUUUAUUAGCAUUUCUAAUACUAGAAAUAGUUUUGUUAUUAGUAGAUAUAUUGGUCUAAAAGUAUAAUGAACUCAUGCACAGUUUUCAGCUGCUGAAAAACAAAUAAAUUGGAAGCAUUUAAAUAUAAAACGAAUUAAUAAUAUAAAAGCAAACUAGAUAAAACACACAUAAUUAGUGCUAAGAAUCAGUGCUAAGAAUCAGUGCUAAGAAUCAGUGCUAAGCACAUGCCGUUAGAAUUUUUCUUAUAAAAAAAAGGCCCUCCAAAGACUUAACAUACCAUAAAAUAUUAUUGGGCUGUUUAACAGCUAUAGCCAAAUUAUACACAAACACAUCUUAAUUUGAUCAUUAAACGUAUUUUCUUUGUUGCACACAGAUGUAACUGAUCCCAGGAUCAGAGGACCAAGGUUCAAGCGUCCUCUGGAGAACAAGAUAUUUUUAGAGAAUGUGGAACAAACGGAUCACAUGGUAUUCCAGUGUAACGCUUCCAACAUUCACGGCUAUGUCUUUGCUGACUUCUAUCUCAAUGUUCUUUGUAAGUGGUUUUAGAAACAAAUCAACAUAGAAUUUAUUUGACUAGAAUUUAAUUAUAUAUUCAAAUACUGUAGGGGAACUUCAAAACCAAUCCAUGUAGAUUUGGGCAAAAUAAGCUAUGUCAAUUAUUUUUACUUGAAUGCUUGCAGCUGAGGCUCCAACCAUUAUUCAGCCACCCGAGGCUAUUCAAGAAACUGCAGAGAGCCAGUCGGUCAGCUUGAUUUGUAGAACAACUGGCAAACCUGACCCCAUUAUCACCUGGUUUAAGGAUGAAGAGCAAAUAACAGGAGGCCGGUAUAGAAUUCUACCCACUGGUGAUCUUUUUAUACGGGUAAGCGUAUGUAAUAGGCCCAAAGAGCUAUUAAAUGCUAAAUUAGUUGCUACAAAUAAUUUAAACUUCUCAUGCAUUUUUCACCUGUUACUUAAUGAAGUAAUAUUUAGUACUAUACAUAUUAAAAAGAUGUAAUUUUUAAAAAGUAUUUGUAAUUUUUCUAAUCUUGGUCUUGCUGUGGUAGAAGAAAACUAGCUGUGACUGAUAUUUAAGGUGAUGUGUAUGUGAAGGUUAGUUACUCAAAGGUAACAGUCUUGUGUCUUGUUUGUUUAAAGGCUGUAGUACUGGCAGAUGCUGGGAUAUAUCGAUGUCAAGCUCAAAACAGGUUCAACGUGACAGAUGCAAGUGGCACCCUAGUCGUCAGGCGAAAAACGCGAAUAGAGCAGAUACCUUACGACCUUGAAGUCAAUGCAGGAAAUGACGCAAAGUUUACAUGUUCAGGUACUACAGACCCAGAGGAGGUGGAAAAUUUAAAGAUUCUGUGGCUUAAAGAUGGGAAGUCAAUUACUGCCAACGAUCAAAGAAUGACCACGAAUAGGCAGGACAAUUCACUGACCAUUAGUGGUACCAUUGUGAGGGAUUCAGGCACUUAUACUUGUAUAGCAACUAAUGGUUUGGAUAAUGCAACAUCUUCUGCAACGCUUAUGGUCAAAGGUCAGUACAUUAAUAUUUAAUAUUUAAAAAAGAUAUAUUGCCAACAUUGGGUCAAGAUUAGGGGCUGCAUUUUAUUUAGUUGAUAAAUUAUUAUUAUCAGAUAAAAUUAUGUCGUCAUAAUUUGUGGCACGUUUAUCUGGUUUCAAUUUAUGUUUUGAUUAUUUGCAAUGAAGAGAACAAUGAAUUUUGUUAUUUCCCGGUUAUUUUUUUAAAUAUUUAAUGUAGUUACUUUCAAAAUUUAAAUUUUUUUGUCAAAUGAUUUGUAAAAAAAAUCUUACUUCAAAAAAUAAAUAAUAAUUUUACAAACUUACUCGAUAAAAUUAACAGCUAUUAAACUAACUCCUAAACUUAUAUCACUUGAAGAAAAUGUCAUAAAAAAUAUAUGUAAUUCGGUUUUAUGCAACAUGAUAUUAAAAAGGACAAUUUCGCCCAUUUUUUAAAAUUGUUAUUUACAAUUUUCUUUAGUUUUAAUGUUCCAAUACAUAUAAAAUAUGCAGAACUAAGUAGGCCUACAUUUUGCUUCAUCUGAAUCGGUUAAAUCAUUGGCCUUGACACUUGAUGAACAAAAGGUUAACGUGCCCAAUGCACUAGGUUUAUAUGCAAGGUUAGAAUGGAAUCAAUUUAUCAUUUAAUGUCUUAAAUGCAGAUCGCCCUGAUGCCCCAACCAAUGUGCUUUGGGAAUUUUGCAAUCAGAAUGCCACCAUACUUUGGAUGCCCGGUAGCUACAACAAUGCACCUAUACAAUACUAUGUACUCCAGUAUAACACUUCUUUUAACCCUGACCAGUGGACAUUUGGACUCAAGGUAAGGAUCAAGUUUUAAAAAAUCCCUCUUCUUGUAUCUUAUAGUUCAAAAAGUAUUCUCACAGAGGAAAUGAGUUUACUUUUCCCUUUCUUUUGAAUUUGACAUUCAGGAAGUGGAUAUAUUAAGUGUGCUCAUGUCCAGAACUUCUCAAAGUGGUAGCUUGUAAAUCUGUGAGCCUCCCUGUUGUGGGUCUGCCAACAAGAAAAUAUUUAAAGCAGCAAGAUACUUCCAGACUGCAAACGAUCUUUCAUAUACAAAAAAAACUUCAUUUCCUUACACGUCGUAUGGUGCUGUUGACAACAAAGUGAAUUCAUUAUUUGUGGUAAUGUUCUCUCCAAUAACACAAUGAAGCUCUCUAAAUUAGCAUUGGAACAUUUAAAAAAAUAAUUAUUGGGAUGAGAAAUAACAUUUUAUAAGUGCUAUGUUUUGCACAUUUUUUAUUUAAACAAUAAAACCAAACUAAACAGAGUAGGCCAUCCUUACCAAAACUCUGUCUGUUCUUCUACAACUGCAUUUAACUUCUGUAAAGUAAACACAUUAAGUAGAAUUUCAUUGCAGAAACUUAUUUACUUUUCUUCUAUAGGUGAAUUCUACACUUAGCAAAGUCAACAUGACAUUGUCUCCAAAUGUCAACUACACUUUCCGAAUCAUUGCCUAUAACAAGAUUGGGCCAAGUGACCCUAGCUUCCAAACCCCAAAAGUUUGUGUCACUAAACCCGAGAGACCCUACAGCCAUCCUCAGAACCUGAGAACCCUUGGUCAUCAAUUUGGAAAACUCUACAUUGAGUGGACUGUAAGCAUCUUUUAUGAUGCUUUAAUUAAAUUUGAAAUCACUACCUUAGCACUGAAAGCUUAUUUUCUUGUCAUUAAAAAAACCCUUCAUUUAAUUGUUCUGAUUAUUCAUGCCACGCAGUUCCUCUUUAAUAUUAAAGUAAAAAUUUGGAAAGAAAAUAUGCUUCGCUUUAUUGUGAAACUACUUUUUACAAAAAAAAUCUGGCUCUUGGUAGGAUUUUUAGAAAUUUUUUUAUAUAUAUAAUACCUUUAUACUCUCAAACCAGCUGCAAAGGUUUUGUGCCAAGAUUUUGAUAAGUGACCUUUAAUAGAAUUCAUCUAAUCCUAGCUGAAAAUAGUGCUUGAACUUGAAUGCUACUUGUUAAUAAAAAGUUUUAGUUUUUUAAAAUAUAUAAGGAUCUUUAAAUUUGCUGUUCUGAGCUGUUGGUCUAAAAUAAUUAGUAACUCAUCUAAAUACCAUGAAAUAAUCAGUCAUCUUAAGACCAUGAAAAGAUUAGUGUCAUCUAAAUAUAGUUUAAAAAAACAUUUUUCUCCGUCUUUUUUUUAAUACAGCCGGUACCUCAGAUAAUGCAGAAUGGCCCUGGAUUUUAUUACAUACUGCAAAUACUUCGGAAUGGGUCUCAGGCAGAAACUCAGAUUCAAAACAUACCGAUAGACAACUGGAAGACGGAUCAUUACGAAAUGUCAACAGGAAUUGUUUACGAGGCUUUCAAAAUUACUCUCAAAGCUAUCAACAGUGUGGGAGAAGCUGCUGCAGAUCCUCCGACCAUCAUAGGUUUCUCUUACGAAAGCAGUACGUAGUUGCUUUAUCUUCUCUCACUUGGAUAUUUAAAUUUAACUAAUUGAAAUUACCCAGGAUUGGUCAAUAACAGUUGUUUUUGUUUGUUUCUGAAUUUUCUUUUGCUUUCAAUUAACUUGUAAGACGUCAAAGUUUUUCAGUUGACUCAAUAAGUAUAAUUUAAUUUUUCAUUGCUCUUCAGCUCCAACAAUCACCCCUACAAAUUUGGCUGUAGAGGAAGUGGGCGACACUUAUGCCGUUUUCAAGUGGGACUUUGAUAAGAGUGAAAUAGGGAAAGCAAGAUCUAGAAUACAAGGAGAAUUUAAAGGUUUUAAGGUAAAUAUUUACAAUUAAUAUUAACUGUUAUAUAUUAAUGUCUAUAUUCUGUAGCUUUUUUUAAUCACAGAUUUGAAUAUGUAUUUGCCAAUGGUUAAAUAAUCACAAUAAACAUUAAUUACUAAUGGCUGAGUUAUUAAUUUUUAAAAUGUAUCAAAAUGAAUGGGUUAUUGUGGAAUUUUGUUAAAUAAAUAUGACCACUAAGGAAAGCCGUUGCUCAAUAAAUUUAUUUCCAUUCUGAAGAUUCAAUUUUGGGAGCAAAAUCAAAGGGCGUUAACUGUGAGAGAACAGGAUAUAGGACCAGAAUCAGCCCAGAAUACAACUGGCAACACAUUCACAGCCCGCAUUACAUUCAUGCUACCAAACACUAACAUGGAGGCCCAGAUCUCUGUUAUGAACAACUACUUCAUAGGAACCCCAACAGAAAGUGUCAAGUUCAGAACUGAGCCUGGGUGUAAGUCACAUCUCUUUUGAUAAACAUUUUUUGAAGUUUUAAUGUAAGGGUAGUGAACCAAUUAGCUAAUGGUGGUGCCAAAUUUGUCUUUAUUUAAUUUGACAUUACUUCUUUUCUUGCUCAAUAAACAAAGUUAUAGAAUUUUAUUGAGUUCAAAGUUGAAUGAAUCAACUAUUUUCAGUACCAGGACCGGUGGAGUACUUCCGUAUCAUCAACAUUGGAGAUACCCACGUAAACUUAGAGUGGGGGAGUCCAUUUGAGAACAGGGGAGAUCUUGAAGGCUAUGAUAUCAGCUAUCGCCUAGGUUUGUGAUUUAUUUUUGCAUACCUAUACUGUAAAAGGAGCUUUUGUUUCUAAAAUCCUUUUCAAAUCUAAUAAAGGUGCUUGUAUUUAUCAGUCAACAAUAAAUAAUUAUUAUGCAUAGCAUACAGUUAACCAUAUUUAAGUUACAUUGGGGUCAAGACUGUGCUGUAUUUUAUUAAAAAUUACCAUUUAUAAAUGCAUCAUGAACAUUGAGAUGAUGUUUGUUUUUAUUUUAUAACAGACUUUUCUUUAAUUUUUCUAUGAUUGAUAAAUACUGCAAAUUUUAUAUUUCAUUUUAAUUUAACUUAUUACUAAAAUUGAGUAAUUUUCAUAAACAAUUUGAAAAACUUCAUUUUUAUGGGACACUCUUGGAUUUUUUUUCUUUAUGAAUUUUAUUUUUAUAGUCAAGGGCCUCUAUCUCGGUGAAAUGCAGGAGAGGGAGCCCCAGAUUGAUGACCCUUUCACGACAAAUGCAUAUCUCAGUGGUCUAAUGCCAAGCUCCAAGUACAGAAUCUACAUUUUUGCUCGUACUGCAAAAGGUCGUGGAGAAGAAUUCUUUAUUGAAAUUGUCACUACAGAACCAGGAAGUAAGUCACCAUUUUGUCCUCAUUUCAAUUUGCUAAAGAACUUAUUAAAGAUAAUAACUUCUUUUAAUGAAAUGAAACAAUUGGGCUUUUAGUUUUUGUUUUUAAAUUAGCUUUGUCAGACUAAAAUUUAUCUCAAAAUUUACUUUAUCAUUUGAUUAAUUGAUUUAAAAAAAAUUGACAUCAAGUUUGACAAUGAUAUAGUUAUGAUGUAAACAUUUUCAAAAGUGUAGUAGAAAUGUCACAUGUUUAUCAUUUGAAUCUUGCUUUAAGUUUUUUUUUUCGUUUUUGUUGUUUUGUAAGUUUGUGUUCACAUUUAUUUAAUUUUCAAAAUCUCAACAAUCACAUUUUGAGAUGAUUAAAAAGAAAUAUGUAUUGCCUGCAUUUGUCAGAUCCACGUAUGCCUCGCUUCUCUAUUGCCAAUGUUGGAACCCACUACAUCAAUGUGUCAUGGUGGAUCAAUGCAUAUGCUUCCUCCGGCACGGUUGUGUUUGUGGAGUGGAGAAAAUUAGGUAGGUUGGGUUAUGCAUGAGCUCAAAAUACUAUAAUUAAACUACCCGAUCCAUAAAAUGAAAAUAAUGCAGGUUGCAUCUUAGAAGAAAAUUGGAGUGGAGAUAUUUAAUUUUUGCCUUAUGUCCCCUUUUAAAUACUUUAUAUUAACUUCACUUUUGUUUGUGUGUGGUUGGCUGGCUGGGUGGUGGACUGGCUGGCUGGUAGGCAAAAUCUUCUGAUGGUUAUUGACCCACUUCCCAUCACCCUUUCGAGCUGAAACUUGGCACAUUGACUCGCUGCCGAUAACAACACAUUCUAUCAAAUUUUCAAAUUUUUAUAAUUCAAUGAAUUAUUGUGUCAAAGAUGGCCCAGAAUGGAUAAGGUCGACAGAUGAGGUGAUCAACACCUGGAAGAACAUCAGUAACCUAGAACCAGGAACAACCUAUGAAGUCAGGAUUAAAGCAACUAAUGGGCCAAUCAGUGUUGCCUCUAGCAUUGCUGAGGUCAGAACUGAAGGCAUUGGUGAGUCUACCCAAUACACCAGGGGCUCUCAAACUUUAUGUUACAAAACCCCAUUUAUAAUAUAAUUUAUUUUAAAAAAAAUUAAAAUUUGAGCCUUUCCUUUUAACAAGCACUCAUGGGGUGAAACCCUGGCUGAAAAUAGUAAAUUAUCUUUUUAAACAACUUUUCCAAACUACAUAUGUUAAUUUUUAUUUUUUAUGCCACUUCCAUGUUUUGUUAUUAUAAUUUAGUGGAUGGAUAAAUUAACGUCUGUGUGUUCACCUAUGUUCUAUUCCUCAUUUCUAUUCUUCAGCUGUGGCCUUUUCAUUGGCUGGCAACAUUGGAUGGUUUAUUGGCAUGAUUCUGGCCAUUCUCUUGGUCAUUGGCUUAGUGAUUCUCUUCAUACUUUGCUACAAACGAGGGUUCAGAUUUGCCCAGCGGGAUCCCCAAGGCUACUAUGGCGGUGGUGCUGCUCCUAGUGAGCCUUACUCCGGUACUUACGAUAGUAAGCUGUCGUCUCCACGUAAAGCUAUCUUGACUCUAAUCCCUUCUUGGCUUUGCUACCAUUGGAAAGCUGGAUGUUCCUUAUUUUUUUUUUUUAAUAACUUAUGCCUGUACUUUUUUGUAAAUUUUUACCUUAAAUUCAUUAUGGCAGGUUGUCAAUAUUUAAAAAAAAGCUAUAAAAGCUCCUGAAGAAUAAAAGACAAAAAGAAGUUGAUCUAAACCAAUUAAUAAAAAUGUUUAUAAAAUAAAAUAGCAUAAUUUUACAAUUUUUUAGGACAUCCAACUUUUCUAAGCAGGAAUCUUUUUCUAUUUUACUUAGAUUGUUAUAAUUAACCAUUUUGUUUUUAUUUAAACACCAAUUAUUAUCUUAGAGUAGGUAAUGUGCACAAAUUUAAAGAAAAAAAAAUAAAACGGGUAAUAUAUAUAUAUAUAUACUGCUGCUGAAAUUUAUAAAAUAUAUAGAAUUUAUAAAAAUAGAUAAUUUUAACAAAUGUAUUGUCAUCAAUAACCUUCAUUUUUUUAAAAAUAAUGUAAAAUAACACAAAAUAGUGUGAAUCAUAAUUUGACUAGAUUAUUGUGUACAUUGCCACAAUCUAUUCAUUUUCCGAUUUAUUGUUUGUAGAUUUGUUAAAGUGCAGCAAAAUUUUAGAUAUAUGUCAUUGUGAAAAGGACAUUUCAACAUACAAAAUUGACAAGUCAGAAGUGUUUAAAAUAUUUUAUAUAAAAUUAAACAUUUUUAUUUUCGGUUAAGUAAUAUUUUUCAAGAUAUAAGAUUAAAUUGCACCCACCAAACACUUUUUUUUGUCUUGAGAGUAGAAAGGGGCUAUAGGCCUAAAGUACUUCCUGCUAAGAUAGCACCACUUUGCUUUGAACUAUUUAAAGAUUUAUUUAAAGAUCUUGUAGUGUUAUUUAAAUGCACCAAGUUUUAGCACAAGCUUCAAGGAAAUAAAUUUUAUUUCUGCAUAAUGUUUGCUUUGAAUGACAUACCCAAGAAAUAAACAUACAGAUUUUAACUAUCACUAUAACAAUAAAUGUAUUAAGCAGUUUUAACUAUUUAAAAGAAAAAAAAGGGUGGGGGGGGGGGGGCGCAACAACAAUAAGAGACCCAAUAAAUGAAUUAAAGCAGUUUUAACAAUUUUAAGUGACCCAUGACAAACUUAUUUUGCAUGUACUAGCAACAAUAUUGUUUUUACCCUUACAUCUUUAUUAACAUGAAUUGCUACUAAUAAAGUUCUUUGUUCAUUAAUAUCAAGCUGGCCAGUGGAAAAAAACAGGUAUAUAUUUCCCUGGUUAUGUUUUUAAAAAAAAAAAAGAUCACAGGUGGAAACAAAAACUAAUAUCUGUGAAUUGAUGUGAAAAGACACUACUUUUGAAAUGAGAAUAUGCUUUGUGGACCCUGAGGAAUAAAUGAUAUUCUAUGAAAUCGUGAAAUUAAAAUCACAAUUCUAAUAUAUCAAAAUUAAAUUAAAUUAUUGUCCGUAAAUGACAGGGCUUGCUUUGGUGCAUAGUUCUGGUUUAUUAUUAAGAAUGUUCUCAUAUAUUAACAAGGCAAUAUUGUGUAUAAUUAUAGUCUUAAUCUGAACAAAUAUAUUCUUAUAUUCUGUGCAUUAUAUAGCAUCACUAAUUAAGAGUAUAUGCCUUUUCAUUAACUACCAGCUUGAUAAUUCUGGAUAUAUUUAAAAUACAAUAAAAAACUAAAUAAUUGCCUAAAGGCAAGAAGACUUACGUUCACUUAUAUUCACCUCAGUAUUCCUAAAGUAGGGAUUAGAUAAAGCAAAUCAUGAAUAAAUAUCUAACAGAUCAUUAACCAAUUCAUCUAUUAAUUUCUGAGAGACACAGCUUACUAUGUUUUAUAUGUAGGUUUUAUAUAAAUGUUGUCAUGUGGUUUUCAUUAUGAUAAAAAUCUAUUUUUAAAGCACAUAGAAAAUAUUUCCUACCUAUAAUAUAAUCUUUUGAUUAUGUGUACAAAGAAAGAUCACUCCUUAUGUUUAACUGAUUAUUAAUUUCCCUAAGGAACAUAAAUAAUUUAGAUAAAUUACUAAACCAUGCAUGGGUAUUCUAUAAAUGGAUAAUAAAUAAAACAGCGUGGUAAAACAUGUCCCAUGAAAAUACCCUUCAUUUUCCAUGUCAUUUCUGGCACCAACUUUAUCACAAGCAUUUAAAUAACGGUGUUGCCUACUGACACUCCUCUAAAUAACUAUUUAAAAAACCUCCCCUUUUACUUUACGUUUUAAGGUGCUAAAAAAUGUGAGGUACAUAAUAACUUAUUAUUGUUUGGUGGCAUUUAAUCUUUUAAACAAACUACUGACUCAUUAAAAAAAAUGUGUUGGUCUUGUGGAUUCCGGCAACCAUUUCUUGAUAACAUUCUGUCCCCAGAUACAACCUAUGUGGCCCGUGCAUCAGAACAGUUUGGACCAGAGCCAAGUGGCUACAACAAUGACUACUAUGAUGAUAGAGAGUAAGUAAUUUUGAUAGCCCAAAAAAGAAAUUAAAAAUAUCCUGUUGGUCCCAUCAUGCAUGCAAAGCUCAUUGAACUGUAAAAAUGUAAACAUAUUUGUGAUAGUUUUUGUCCUUGUGUUCUUCAAAGCUAGUAACCCUAACAUUUAAGUUUUAAAGAAGUUUUCUUGUUUCCAUUGGUCUUUAAGUAAAAAUUAUGUUCCACAACUUGAGAAGGUUGUUUGAUGAAACAUCAUACAUCAUCCAUGCACAUCUUCCAAGAUCUUAGAAAAAAAAGAGGUUGUCCAAAAAAAAAAGUCUUCAUACGAACAUAAUUUCAUGGAUAAACAGACAAUGACUAGAUUAUUAAACCUAUGACUAACCUGAGAUAAUCUUUAGAUGAUAUGCAAGCGAAUGAUAAAACACAGCAACUUUAUGUUUGUAAAAAUCACUUUUAAUAAUAUAUUCAACUCUUAUUUCAGCUAUCACAACUAUGAAGAUGGAGAUGAAGGAGGCUUUGAGAAGAAGCCUCCCAGCUACACCAGUGAAGAAAAAGAUUAUGAGCGGGAAAAAUAUCGCCCUCCGGAGAAGGAAUACGAAGACUAUGACCGUGAUGGCUAUGACCCAGACUUUGAACCCGGUGAACCCAACAAGUUUGACAAGAGAGGGGCUCCGCGUGAACGCUACGACCACAGCAACCAUUCCCAGGAUGACUACCGUGACGACUACCGCAAGCAGGAUGACGAGUACUAUGACGACCACCCUGCUGACGACUCUUAUGAUCGACAUGACAAUUAUGACAGACGAGGUGACUAUAGAGAUCACCGAGAUGACCAUUACACUCCAAGUGUAACCUCAAGCAAGUCUGGUAGCACUGCAAAGCCUGCAACCUCUACUUUUGUGUAAUUUCAUGAGUAAUAGACCUGCUUUUUUUUUAAACAAUGAAUUUUUUUUUUUUGAAGGUGCGAAAGCUGCAUAAAAUAUGUUCUUAUUGUAACCAAUUAUUUUCUCAGAGUGUUUUACCAACUGCUGCAAGAAUAAUUUUAUCAAAUGAAUUUUAUAAUGCUUAAAAUUUUAUGGGCAAUAUUUGAAGUAUAAUCAGUCCUCUCCACAUUUUUAUAACUAUGUGAUUCUUGUAAAAAUAUAGCAAAAAUUAUAUUUUACAAGGAAUGCUUUGUCUUUUAGCUCAAAAAAAGAAAAAGAUCUGAAUUUUACAAUUAAAAUGAAGAAAAUGUUUUUUAAACCCUGGGGGCUAAUGCUAUGUAUAAAUCUUUCAUUAUUGACAUUUAUUACUCAAUGAAAAAAUUUUUUUUCUGCAUUCAUGUUUUAAAUUGAACUAUUUUAUAAGUAAAUGUCUAAGUUAUCAAAUCGGGUCACUAAAAGUUUUUAUUCAAUAACUAAUUUUAAACAAAUAAAACUGAUAUGGUUAAAUUGUACUUUUUUAUAUACCGGUAUAUAUAUACUAUAUAUAUAUAUUGCCCAGAUAAAAAUAUACUUCCUAAAAAUGCAAUUUUUAUAACAGUCCAAUUUGUUUUUUAAAGAAAGAAUAAGGAAAGCAAUGCUGUUACUUCACUCAUACUCAUACUCUUACAGAUUUGAUUCUUUGCUAUAAUUAAAAAACAUUCAAUAAAAUAAUAAUAAUUCAACAACUGCAGCGUUGUAAAGAAAUAGUUAUUGAUAUAUGCAUAUAUCAGCAAAAACUUCAGGUUCAAGAAGACAAUUUUUUGCUUUUUAAAUAACUUCACACUUGUUUUAUAAUUUUUUUUAAAUUGUAUAUUUACAAAUCUAUCAUUGAAUGAGUUAAAAUUGAAAUUUAUUUUAAACUUUUUUUUUUUUUAAACAUAGUUUGUGCAAGUGCUGUUUCUCACUCAAUUAUUCAUUUGUACACAAUAUUUGUACACGGCGUCUCUAAGUAAAUGAAGUUUUGUAAACUGGAAUGAAUCAUGUCUCCAAGUGUUGUGUGAGAUAGUAUAGAUGUUUUAUUGAGAUUAUGUAUCUGCUCAUGUGUACAGCAUCACCAUAGCUAUCUCAAAAUGCAAGUGUAUAUAUUUAUAUAUAUCUCGAUGAUAAUGCUGUAUUCUCAAUGGCUAAGACUUAACCUUUGGCCUGUUUCUAUAUCUAGAAUUUUAAAAUAUAAAUAAAAACAUUGAAAUUUAUUACAUUUUUCCAGCCUGUCUACUUUUUUAAUAUCUGAUACUAAUUUUAAUGGGGGAAUUGGUCCAUUAAAAUAGAUUUUUAUAUUAUUUUAUUUUAGCUGUUUAAAAUUUUCUGAACAUGGAUCUGAUAAAUUGGGUUGAGGUAUCAAAGAUAUUGUUUAAAAAAUUCAUUUAAAAAAAAAGAAGUUACCGUAAAUUUGAUUUUAAAUUUGGAAAUUGUGUCUCUACAUUAACAAUAGUUGCUAUAUGACAAUUGUGUAUGUAUAUAAACAUAUAUAUAUAUCUAUUGUUGAUUUGUUCACCACUUUACAUGUAGCUUACCCUGACAGUUGAAUCUAAUUCAGUUUUAGUUUGCCUUGUAUAAAUAAUUAGCUGUUUUACAUUCCAUGUACAGUUACCAUUUAACCUGGAAUACCAGGUCCUUUACAAUGUAAUAUGCAAACAAAAUAAAUAUUUUUUUGUUAAAUAAUGGAAUAAACUUUUUAAUGAAA